AUGCCACUCUGGAUUCGUAGCGGCAGUGUUUUCUUGUACUACAUGCUGCCAGACGAAGCGGAAGACCCGCCCAGCCUCCAGACUGUCUCCAAUAACCGCACCAUCGCGGAGGAAUACGAGAAGCUGCGAACUACGAUCGAUGAAUUCGCGGAGGCCCCACAAAGGGCUGAAGAGUACCUCGCGAAGAACAGGAACAGCAAUGAUCCCAGAACCAGAAUGCUCUGUGCUCACGCGAUUUAUCACAGAAGCGAUAUUUCGGGCGAAAGCAAGGUUUUCGGUACGGCAGACCUCGCACGAUAUAUUUACGCCGCCCAAGCGCUCGUCGGCAAAGACAUGCAAAUACCUCCAGAUAGGUUGCUGUAUUUUGAACCAUACAUGAGCCUGAACCACGCUGGGGGUUACUCCGCAUACUUGAUGGAGUUCUUGAGCGACGCCGCGCAUGCUGCGUCUGAAAUAGGCGACAAAUUUACGGCGGUUACAUGGCUCAACGAAUGCAUUGAUCUCCAGCAUAAUAUACGUGCGGCGUGGAGAAAGCAUCAUCCAGUAUUCGAAUGGUCGGGUAUAACACUACCGCAUCCUUUCGCCUAUUCUCCGCUACAGGAUGUCUACCAGGGGUUAGCCUCCAUCUCCUGCGGUCUGGGAAACACGGCUGCGAUGGCGUAUUAUAUGUGCAGAAGAACAUCUUUGCUAAGGAACUCGGGUCAGGAGCUUUCUGAUCAAGCCUCUGUUGUGGCGAGGGCUCUAGAGGAUGCCAACUCGGAUAUUCGGAAGCUUGAGGGACGAAGAUACCCUGAUCCCAAUACAAUCACGACGAUCGAAACGAAGGAUGAUAGGCUUCAUACAGAUGGCUCCUGGAAGAAGGUACAUAUCCGGUCACAGGGUGGUGUUACUCCAAGGUUGAGAAGCUCCGUCUUCGUGCACGAAGGAUUUCUCUAUGUGUUUGGCGGAGAAAAGACCAGCAUAGAUGGGCCCUACUACAAGGACUUUUGGCGGAUUGACCUCCAGAAGCCUGACAGAUGGGAGAGCCUUCCCUCGCCUAGCCGUGCCCUUCCCCGGGACAAAGAUUGCCUCGGCAGCCAUGGCAUGGCGGUCCAUAACGGCGCUGCUUACCUCUUUAUGGGCUCUGCGACGUUGCUCCGCUACGAGUUUCGGAGCUCACAGUGGACGACGGUGAAGACAAGAUUCAAAUCAGACAGCAUCGUCAAUCAGCUGUGGCCCUACUCCAUUGUUGAUGGCAUGUCCAACUCUGUAUGCUUUGCCUUUUCCAUGAUCUGCGUUCUUGGAAAAAUAUACGUCUUCGGCGGACAUACUGUCAGUUCGUUUGUCGGCGUCGACCUCUUUCUAGAGCUUGACAUCGAGAAAAGGGAAUGGAGAAGACUCAGCGGAUCACUAAACCCUGUUCCUUCUUACUCUAGUCCCAACCCUCGAGAAGCCCCUGCAUUGUGGACCAAUCGCGAACAGACCAAGAUUUUCCUCAUGUACGGGCACGUGGACCGCUUUUCUGCCUAUCAACGAAGUGCGCCUCACGGCUGUCCCGUUAACUACGCCCACGACGACCUUUGGAGUUGGGAUAUUAUGGAGGAGAAGUGGACGAGAGAGAAGAUUAGAGGCAAUCCACCUUGCCCACGUGGUGAAAUGGCCGUUGUAUACAAUCGCCAUCUCGACGCCGUCAUCACAUUUGGCGGGUACGGCCCCUUCUGCCCCACCGAAGAAAGUAACUUCUCAUAUUUUGCUGACACGUUCGUCUAUACUACCCUCGACUCCAACCCCGUACAGGCGACCGAAAACCCGAACAUCGUCCAACGACCCAAGACCUGGAAGCAGGUUCUUACGCGCGGAUUUCCGACGUACCGUGCACUUGCACAUCUCGUCGAGGACCCAUCGACUGGAAAGACGUACCUGUUCUCAGGAUUCUUCGAGCGCGAGUUCCUUUCCGCGGGCAUGGAUCCGAAGCGCUCGGUGAGAAGCUUCGCAGAUUUAUGGGAACUCCGCAUCGAUCUGCCGGGAGGCAAUUUCGAGGGCGUUGAUAUCGAAGAAGAGAAAAGGACAGCCAAACUGGGUCCAUGGCAGCGGUGUUUUGCCUGCGGAUCGGUUGGUAGGUGGAGGAAGUGUGCAGGCGCUUGUGGUGGGCGUGCCUUCUUCUGUGACAUGGACUGUUUGAGAGACGGUUGGAAGGAGCAUAAAGAAACCCACAGAUGUCGGAAAAUUUAA